AUGUACCCUUCACUUUCUCCAACGUACCUCAUUACCCUGCCACGUGGCCUCGUCUUUCCCUUGAUUCAUCCGCCUCUCGCGGGUUCCUCCAUGCAUACGAGCCGUUCCCCCCUCCUCGCGCAGCGCUCCCCUCGCAGCCCUCCUGUCUCAGCCUUCCCCGCAACCAUGUAUGCCUCCGCGCUGCUUCUUCCGCCCACCAGUCCCGCGAGCAUCCCUGCUCGCAGGGGUGGGUCGCGCGCGGUCUGGCGCUGCAAAUUCUCCUCGUAUCUUUCUCGUCUCAGUCGUAGCGAUGGCGGCGAGGGUGGCGUGGCUGAAGAGGGUGACGAGGGUGGCGCUGCUGGCCAGGCUGCUGAUGACGGCGUUUGUGCUGCUUGCAGCUGCCACGGCGGUUUCCGCGUAUGGUCGACUACCACAGGUUCAGGACAUGAAGCAGCUGCUACAGAUAAGGGGAAGGCAGCUGCGCGGUCCAAUCUGUGGUCCAGCAUCUCAUCGUAUCUCAUGCAUCUGCCUGCGGCUCUUAGAGAGCUCCUGCCAUCAGCCGUCAACACUUAUAUCGUGCUCAUCCACGUGUAUCUAGCAUGCAGCACAGUCGUUCUUAUCCUCUGGUCACUGGGCGUGUCCCAGUCACUCAUCAUGCAUUGCCUGCACCAGCAGCUACUGAGAGCUAGAACCACCCUCCUCGAGCUGAAGAAACACGCCCUUGACUUUAUGCAUGGGGCACCUUGGCCGGUUCUUAUCCUCUGGUAUGUGUUUGCUGCUAAACCUGGCAUGGGAGACUCAACAACAGAAAAUGCAGAGCUUCUUGGAUUGGCCUGUCAGAUCGACAAUCUGACGGCUGAGAUGAACUCGAAGAUGAACAGCAUGAUGCAGCUGCUGCAGACGGUAAAGCGGCAGGUGGAGGCGGGUAAUCAGGUAUCGCAGAGUGAGCUAAAGCAGGGGAGAGACUUAAACACUGGGCUGGAUGGGGUGGAUGAUUCCAGCAUGGGGGAGAGGCGGGUGCAGGCAGAGGCAUGGGAGGAAGAGGGGCGUCCGCCGCAAGGGUUGUCUGAGUCUGGGGGACGUAUGCUUGAAGAGAUGUUGGAGGAAUGCAAAAUGCAGAUGAGGACGAUCAGAGUUUUGAAAGCGAGGAGGGAGAUGGUGGAUUUGGGGGAGUUGGAGGAGGUGGAAGAGGAGGAAGCAGCAGCAGGUGAGGAGUGUGAGCCUUGGGAUGAGCAGGAAUUGGCGACAUGGAUUCAGUUUCUGGAAAGGGUUUUGAGAGAGAACAGAGGGGAGCAUGAGGAGGGGUCUGAAAGAAUGGGAAGCACAGGUGGCGUUGGUGCAGGGGAUGAUGAGGCAGGGAUGUCUAGUGGGGUGGUUCGGUUAGGCGAGGAAGAUGAUGGGGAUAUGAUGGAGAGUAGGGAAAGAAGGGUUGACACGGGAGGACAUUCGGAUGAUAUCGAGGCUGAUGUGGCUGAUGUUGGGAAUGAGGUGGAGAUGAUGAAAGGUGACGGGGAGAGGAUGAAGGGUGACGUGGAGAGGCUGAGGAAUGAGGUGGCAGGAAGGGCGAAAGUGGAGGAGGAGAGGGCGAGAGACAUCAGUGGCCUGAGAAGGGAGGUCGAGGGUCUGAAGAGUUGCAGUGGUGAUGCAAGGAAGUGCCUGGACGAGCUGAGGGCUGAGAUGAAGGCAGAAUUGGCUGUGCUGGUGGCGCAGAGUGAGAGGAGGGUUUGUGGCAAGUUGGAUGAGUGGAGGCGUGAGAUGGAAGAGGGAAGGGCGGAGGAGGCAGGGAGGAUGAGGGGAUUGAAAGAGGAGGUGGACGCGGGAAAGGCAGAGGUGGUAGGGAGGUUGAGUCAGAUCAACCAUCGGCUGGAUGAGGGGAGGAUGGAGGCACGCGCCAGUGCAGCCAGUGCAGCCAGCGCAGCCAGUGCAGCCAGUGCAGCCAGCGCAGCCAGCGCAUUGGAGGACCAGCAGAGGGUGGAAGGGUUGAGUGUUCGGCUGGAGAGCUUCCAGGAAGUUACCGAGAGGGUUGAGGGGGAAAUCCGAGCUCUGUGGGAGGUGAGCAUCUGA